GGAUUAUGGUGAGCGAGAUAGCUAGCUGUGUGUCUAGCUCUGGUCCAUUGAGUUACGUGCGGCUUGAGCUUCCUUCAUCGCCCUACAUGCAAAUAUAUGUUUUAGAAUUAACCCAAUAUAGACCACAGCAUUUCGUUUCCAAUGGGAACUAGUUGUGGAGAGUCGACUCCAAAAGAUUCGAUUCCUCGACUUCUAUUUCUGGGUGUCAAGCUUCUAUUCCGACUUCUAAGAUUCUGUAUUUUUGCAACGGAUGAAACUAUUUUCCGUAGACUACUUCGAGAACACAAACUCUCGAAUCUUUCACAGGGAGAGAGAUGGGAGGGGCACAGCCUGGCCUGUCUGCCACCUGGCAGAACCGUGCAUCGGUUAUCAAAAGAUGUACGCCUUUGACUGAGCCACAACGGAUAAGACAGGAGUGAAGAGACCUCCCUGCCCCUAACAGUCACACUUGGACAAACCCAUCAUGUUGGUGACAGCCUACCUGGCCAUGGUGGUCCUAUUGGUGCUAUGUGUCGGUCUGGAGCUAACGGCACGUCGCCUCACCCCACCUCAACCCACCCCCUCUGCCAUGGGCACCAACCCUGCCUUCCGUAGGUUCCAGACCGUGUUCCUCCGAGGCUACCUCUUAGCCUUGUCAGCUGACUGGCUGCAGGGGCCAUACCUCUACAAGCUCUACCGCCAUUACAGCUUCCUGGAGUCCCAGAUAGCCAUCCUGUAUGUCGUUGGCCUGGCCUCCUGUGUGCUGUUUGCCCCCGUGGCUAGCUGGCUUCCUCAGGUCCUGGGGCGGAGACGGACCUGCCUGCUCUUCUGCGUGGCCUACUCAGCCUGUUGCCUCACCAAGCUGUCCCGUGACUACUUUGUCCUGAUCCUGGGUCGCGUGCUAGGAGGCCUGUCCACCUCUUUGCUCUCCACAGCCUUCCAGGCCUGGUACGUGCACCGACAUGUUGACGUCCACGACUUCCCUAAAGAAUGGAUCCCCAGUACCUUCACCAAGGCUGCUAGCUGGAACCACGGGCUAGCGAUGGGGGCUGGGCUGGUGGCUAACAUGUUGGCUGAGUGGCUCCACCUGGGGCCUGUGGUGCCCUUCCUCCUGGCCGUGCCCUGUCUUGGGGCCUGUGGCUGGGUGGUGCUGACUGAUUGGGGCCUGGAGGAGAAGGAUGGAAGCCUGGAAGGGGACAACAAGAAGCCCUUGCUCGGUCCUUCUAGUUCAGCACCUCUGGCCCGGGCUUCUGCACGGGCCCGGUUCUGGCGCAGCUGUCAGGAAGGCCUCCGCUGUCUCUUAUCAGACAGACGGGUGAUGCUUCUAGGAGGAGUCCAGGCUCUAUUUGAGAGUGUCCUCUAUAUAUUCAUCUUCCUGUGGACCCCCGUCCUGGACCCCUAUGGCCCUCCGCUGGGCAUGGUCUUCUCCUGUCUGAUGGCAGCCAGUAUGGCGGGGUCCCUGCUCUACCGCCUGGCCACCUCCACCCGCUACCGCCUUCAGCCUGGGCACCUCCUCUGCUUCUCCAUGCUGCUCGCCUUUUUCUCCUUCUUCAUGCUCAUCUUCUCCACUGCACCGGGCCAGCCCAGACCCCACGAGUCCCUGCUGGCCUUCCUGCUGCUGGAGCUGGCCAGUGGCCUCUACUUCCCUGCUGUCAGCUUCCUCCAUGGGAGGGUGAUCCCAGAGGAGAAGAGGGCCGGGGUGCUGGCCUGGUUCAGACUGCCUCUGCACCUUCUGGCCUGCCUGGGGCUGCUGGCGCUCCACAGGGAGGUGUCGGGGACCGGAGGGGGUGAGGGCGGUAGUGGAACCAGGCAUAUGUUUGGUGGUUGUGCUGUUUUGAUGCUAGCUGCACUCUUGGCUGUGGUCAGUCUCUUUACACUGGGAAGGAACGAUGUGGAUCUCAGACUGGAUGGACCCAAAGGAGAGGGAGAUAUAUGACAUUUAGAUUCAGAAAACUGAACUGUCCCAACAUUGGGCAAUGCCAUGGAGGAGGAGGACUAGGAAUACACUUACUGCUUUGUUUACAGCGAUGAAGAGUUGUUUGGGAACUGAACAACUUUUGUAUGACUGAAAACUGAAGCUUAAUCAACAUAGGAGUUGCUAAUAUAAGACAAUGAUUUAAAAUAAUCUGGUGUUGGUAAGGUAUAUAUUUUUUGUUGCAAGAUUUCCUGAUAUUUAUUUGUUUUAAUUUUGUUAAGACUAGCAAAUAUCUUGUUAGAUUGUUGAGUAUAUGAAGAAAAUGUGUUUAUUUGGAUUUACUAUGUGGCGGUCUGCAUCUUGUCAAGGGGUUGGGUUAAAUGCAGAAGAUACACUUUGGUUGAAUGCAUUCAGUUGUGCAACUGACUUAUUUCUUUAAACACACACACACACACACACUCUGACGCACUUGCUUGUGUAUUAAUGUUGCACCAGUUGGUAGCUCCAGGAUGUUAUUUAUAUCUCAGCCUGACCACGUUAUAGGGUUUAUCAACUGCAUUGUUCAGGGUAUACCUCUCAGCCAGGGCAGAACAAGGCUUCCAUCACUAGCGUUGUUCAGGGUGUACCUCUCAGCCA